UGUUAACGGGAGUCCAGAACACGUAGAAGAAUAGAAGUUGAUGCAGUGCAACAAGUGGCUUGUUUCUCUACAUUCAGGGACGACUUUACAUCAGCCAAAACUCGUAGCGCAAGUUGCAACUUUGUAACAAGUAGUUUACUUCGCGGACGCUCUUAUAUACGUCAAACGCUGUAGCGCAGCAGUAGGAGUUGCAAACAAGUGGUUUGCUUUGCGAAGUUCGCGGUGGAAGUGCCCAUCCAUACAAGUAGUGGAACAGAAGGACAGCUCGGCGUGUUUGCGGUUACCAGCCAAAGAGUCAUAAGAACACAAUGUUGGAUGGUGCUGUUUUGUGAGCGUUUAAAGGAAAUGAGAGUUGGAGAACAGAGCGCGCAUUGAGCACGGCAGCGUUCGAGUGGCCAGUGACAUGAAACUGAAUCCACAGCAAGCUCCAUUAUAUGGUGAGUGUCUGUUGACGGUCCAGCUCUGUGAAGAAGAGUGUGUUGAGGAUGAAGAGGAUGUAGAGUUUUACUUGCUGUUCGCCGGCUCCACCCAGAGGCACGUUUCCAGCACUUUAAAAAUCAGCCAUGUCACGCUGCAAGCCGUGUGCCCAGCUCAUGAUCGCAGCGAAACCGUGCGUGUCACACUGUGCCAGGCGCGACCCGGGGGCUCAGUGGACCCUGUGGCAGAAGAACACUUCCAGUUCGUUCAGGACCUCGCCCUCGACAUGGCCCAGUUCCUGGUCAACGCAGCUGGGAAGACCGAAGGGGCACUGCUACUGGACGAGUGUCAGAUCCCCCUAAAGGAGUGCGAGAGGUUGGAUGACACUCUGGCCCUCGCCCUAAAACACCUCCCGUUGCCGUCAGGCUGGAGUGUGCUGGGCACAGACUUUCCCGUAGACACGGGCACUGAAACAAGUUUGGGAAUAGAACCUGGUCCUCAAGAAACCCUUUUGCACUUUGCGGCAAAACGUGGGUUGCGCAAGGUAGCGCUCUUUCUCCUCCAGCAGCCCGGGGGAAGAGAGGCUCUACGACUCCCCAACAAACAGGGUCGUACGCCGGCCAGGGUCGCCCAGAAGAGAGGCCACUCACAGCUCCAGAAACUUCUCACGGAGUUUGAGAACUUUUCGGAGUUAGAGACAAAGACAUUCAAGUGGCAUUACCCAGGAGGGAGAGUUCUGCGACACCACCCCAAGCUAAAUACCUACACCCUGGCGCUGGAGGACGUGCCAGGGAGUCCCCCACCUAGUCUGCAGUGUGAUGUGGAAGAGCUCCAACGUCUUAUUCAGUCACAUCAGAAGAACAAGAUUCAGGAAGAUCCUCCAAUACAAUGCAAGCCAGCACUGUUGAUUCUUAACAGAGACUCGAGUGAGAGUACAGAGCCUGCUGAGUUCAACUCGUUGGACUCUGAGCAUCUGGAAUCCAGGGUUGAACAACAGCAAUCCUGUGAAUUGGUUUUAAGCAGCUCUGUUGUAGAAGAUGAGUUGUGCCCUUGUCAGAACGGGACUGGAGACCAUGUCCAGUCACGGGAUGGUAAGGUGGAGCCUGAAAGCCUGACAGUAGGGGAUUCUGGGAAGCUGACAGAUAAGGCUAACUGUGCGCAGUGGUGGGCAAAAGUCGAUUCUGUGGCUUUCAGUGCUCCUUCCUGUGGAAACCAGCAGGAGGAAGCUGAUAGAGAGCUCUGCGUUAUCUGUGCCAAACAGGGGGCUGAUAAAGAGAACCAAGAAGAGUUAGAGGCUUCAGAGACUGAAACUGACAAUAAAGCUCAAUCUGGCAACCCGGAGGUCCAAGACAUGGGCCAUACACAGUCUCAAGGUCCCCUUCCCACGGAAACGAGUCAGCCCUCGCAAAUAGAGGAGGAGAAUGAGAGGAGUAAGGAUCUUAGUCAGAGAGGGGACUUACCAGAGGAAAGGGAAGAGGAGAGAGGCUGCAGUCAGGAAAUUGGCUCAAACUCCUCAGCACAUUCUUCCUAUGAUUCGGAGAGUAACUUUCAUCAUAACGACAGGAACGAGGACACUCUGGCUGCGGAGAGCUCCGUGGUAACGGAUGACUCUAAAGUUACUGAAAUUCAGGUGAAUUCUGAGGUUACCUUGUCUGAACAAAACAGUGCAACUGUUAAUUCUGAUAGUGGUGACGAGCCGCAUGGUCGCCUGGAGACAGAGACAGGAAAUCUCGGCGAGCACAUGAUAGGCAACACUGAGUCAGUUUCUGGUUUGGUAGCUGAUGAAAAUUCCAUAAAGCAGAACUCUGGAUUCAGUAAUUCAGAGGGUGACCUUUUGGAUUCUACAAGUAUUUGGCCAAAAAUGGCACCAGGACCUAUCCAUAAGGUUCGGCAAGGACUUUCACCUGUUCCUGAGACAUUUCCGGAGGGACCAACUGUGGAGCAUUUGUUUGAGACUACAGAGGAUUCACAACAACCUCAAGAAGUCACGUCAUCUUUAGAAACCGUAUCAGAAUGUCAGGAGAUUCUAUUGAAUGACUCAGUUUGUGACAUCAAUGAAAAAGAAGGGGAUUCCGAUGGCAGCAAUGAAGUAUUGCUUUGUCAGUAUGAAGAGUCUGUGGUAAGCAAAGCAGUAUUAGCCCCUAGUGAAACGAUGCAGAACCCUGAAAAAAUCAGUCGAGAAGUGGCUUCCAGUGAGGUAGCAGUUACAGAGGACAUUGCUGACUCAGAUUUGGAUGAGAAAUCAAAGCCCUCUGAUGAAGCGUCUUUGCCUGUUGUAUUUGAAGCCUUGAUCGUAAAUGACGUGCAACAAAAUGCUUCUACAAAACGGUCUUCUGAACUUUCUAGUGAGGUCAUUAUCAUAGGAACACCGUUAGGUAAUGAAGAGAUGCCUAAAACAGUUUUGUCAGACUCUAUGUCAAGAUUGGUUCCUGAGGAAUGUUCCGGAGAUACCCCAGAAGAACCAUCAAAUCCAGCACACAAAGUUUCUGCAUUGAAAGGGGAACAUGGAGAAAAGGAUGUAACUCACAAGGAGCCACUACAGGCAAAUGAAAUUGACUCCCCUUCACAGGAAACAAUCCGCAAUCUCCCUGAUCAGUUGGAAAUCACACACAAUGACGACGCAGAAUCGAAAGCGCAGAUCGAGCUUCCAGAAUCCUCCAAGGAGACUGCGAACACGACAUCAGAGCCUACCACAGCAUAUCUGGGCGACCGAAUUGAAGAUUUUUCUUGUGCCUCAGCUCUAACAGAAAGUGAAGAUAGUAGACCUUGCAAAACUCCAUUGACUGAUGAGAUAAUUAUCUCUGAUGGGGAAACAUGUGUUGACAAACCUACCAAUAUGAGUCAGACCACUGUCUCAGAAGAUGUGGUGGCCUCUUCCAUAGAGACCACCAGCGGUUCAGCUCUGGAGUUGAAAAACUCCUCCAUAUCUGACCCAUUCAAUGCCUUUUCCUCAAGUGUUGAGGUCACUUCCCUUAUGGAUAUUAAUAGUGGAUUACCCCAGGGUUUGGAACACACUUCCCCUGUGGAUAUAGACAAUGGUUUGAUUGAGCAACCACAACCUUCAGACAGAGCUGAGAGCCUUAAUGGAUUACAUGAAAAUACUCAUGUCUGUUCAAUGGAGAUUAAUGAAAGAGUUGAGCAGCAUACCGCAGAACCACAUGUGAAACCAAUAACAGAAGAUGGCAGUUUAGCAGGGGAUAUGGCGGACGGACAUCAAGACUCCUCAGCAGACAUCACAAAUUCCGAAGUGAUCCACAGAGAGACAGAGACUUUCUAUUCGGUUGAUGCCACUCGAGAUGCUGGACUCAAAGAGAAUAAGUCCAGUUCAAUGAGCUCAGAAUUUCCCCCUUCGACUCCCUCACCAGAGAGUGUACACAAGGAGUCAGCGAGCACCAUGCGAGGGUCCGUCAGUGAUGGCGACUCUAUCAUGAGUCAAGAUUUGGGUGAGGACAAUGUCUUCAACAAUAAGGGUGAGGACACUGUCACCAUCACAGGUGACAGCACCAGCGGCGUAUCCAUGUCCUACUCUUCCUCCACAGAUGACACCUCCAGUGUGGGGACACCCAGCGCUGUCCCUCAGGCCAGCCAAGAUGCCCUUCCGUCAGACCCCUGUGCGAUACCGCCCGCAUCCCCUGAAUCUUCACCUGUUACAGGAGAAACAGAAGAGGAAGAGAGAAAGGACCGCCUGACUGAGGUGCCGGAGCGAUCGACUAUUCUACGCUCAUCCAUCCGAUCCCUCUCUCCUUUCCGCAGGCACAGCUGGGGCCCGGGCAAAAAUUCAGUAGGGGAGACAGAGAUGAGUCAGCGCAGUUCGGUGCGAAGUGAAGUGGAGCGCAGGUCUGCGGGCCAUAGGAGAAGCAUGAGCUGGUGUCCUUCAGUUGUCCUGCACUCAGAGGGCGAUGAAAUAAAUGGAAGAAGUUACAGUCUUGAAGGACUUUCAGCGGAGAAGAAUGAAAGGAAACCCCUUAUCCAGCACGUUGAGGAGUCUAGCCAUGAACCGAGCUGUCCAUCAAAGCUAGAUAGAGAGGAGAGAGGCUCACUGGUGUCUCUGACCGAAGAGGAGCAGGAAUCAGACCUUGGUGACUGCAGUAGUUUGGACAGUCAGAAGUGUGUACAGUCUGGACGGAGAUGUGUCCAGCCCGCACACCCGAUUCUCGCCAAGUCUGUCUCCAUGUUGGCCAUCAGUCAUAAGGACCUGGAUGUGAUUGGACGGCCGCGACCCAAGCGACGAAUCUCCUUCUCCUUCAGCAUCACGCCCAUGCUCGCUAAAUCUAAAACUCUCUUUUCUAUUGGCUCUUCAUCCAGUGAUGAGGAGGAGGCAGUCAGAUUGGGCUCUUUCACUGGUACAUCAGGAUCAUUAGAAUACAGUAUAUCUGAGGAGGAUCCGGGUCCCUUGCGAAGUGACAGUGAAUUCAAAGGUGGAGGAACCAAAGUGAGCAGGACCUUCAGUUACCUCAAGAGCAAAAUGAGCAAGAAGAACAAGGAGAAGGAGAAAGAGAAGAAUAAGGAACGAGAGCGAGAUGCCAAAGACAAGGAGAGGAGAGCCUCAAAUGGGCAUCUCUUCACUGCCGUCACCACAGUACCUACAAACCCCUGCCACCAAUGCAACAAACCAAUCAACACUAAAGAUGCUUUCCUCUGCACCAACUGCAAUGCACAAGUGCACAAAGGUUGCAGAGAGAGUCUUCCUGUGUGUGCCAAAGUAAAAAUGAAGCAAAAACAGCAGCAAACUGUUACAGAUUCAGCCUUAGUGCCUGCCGUCACCCUGAGAAGUAAAACGCUCCCGGCACGGGAACGUCCGUGGUCCACCAUCUCUAUUCCUGAUGACCAGCCUGCUCCUCUCGCCCCUCCACGGAAAAGUCCCAGUGGCAUCAUGUCUUUCAACAGCAACCCGCUGUCAAAGAGCAUGUCCAUUAAUAACAUAGUAGGGCAAAUGGAAGACCCUCCUUUAAAGAGUCUGAAGUUUCUGUCCCAGUCCACUGACUCUCUUCACAAGACCAGUAAAGUCAGCGAGUCCACAGAGUCUCUUACUGAUGAGGGUACAGAGAUGAUGGACAGUCAGUUUAUGGGUGAAUUUGAAGCUGAUGCCAAAGAGCUGGAGGCAGAUUCUUGGAGCUUCACCGUAGACAAGAAAUAUCUGAAACAGCUUAAGAAGGAUGUUAUCAAGAGGCAAGAUGUCAUAUUUGAGCUCAUCCAGACAGAAAUGCACCAUGUGAGAACCCUGAAGAUCAUGGCUGAUGUUUACAGUAAAGGCCUUCAGAGGGAAGUUCAGCUGGAGGUCCACACAGUAGAGAAGAUUUUCCCCAUGCUGGAGGAUCUUCUGGAUUUGCACACACAGUUCUUCACACACUUGGUCGAGAGGAAGAAAGAAGCAGGGUCGGAGAGUCACGAAGAGGGAGGCUUCGUGAUCAGAAAGAUUGGUGAUGUGCUGGUCUCUCAGUUCUCAGGUUCCAAUGCUGAGAGAAUGAAGAAGGUCUAUGGGAAGUUCUGCAGUAGACACAAUGAAAGCGUGAACUUUUACAAGGAGCUUCACACCAAAGACAAGCGUUUUCAAGCUUUCAUCAAGAAAAAGAUGAGCAGCCCUGUUGUCCGAAGGCUAAGCAUUCCCGAGUGUAUAUUGUUAGUCACACAACGAAUCACCAAGUACCCCGUGUUACUACAGAGAAUACUGCAACACACAAAAGAGAACGAGGAGGACCACGCAGAUGUGACCCAAGGAUUGAAGCUGGUCAAGGAAGUGAUUGCCGCUGUGGACAAUAAAGUGAACGAGCAUGAGAAGAAGAAGAGGUUAAAGGAAGUGUACAGCCGGACGGACAGCAAGUCCAUCAUGAGGAUGAAGAGCGGACAGAUGUUUGCCAGAGAAGAUCUUUUACGAGGGCAGAAGCUAAUUCACGAUGGGUCUCUGCAGCUUAAGAAUUCUGCUGGGAGACUCAAGGAUGUCCAGGCUCUUCUUCUGAGGGAUGUGAUUGUUUUCCUGCAGGAGAAAGACCAGAAAUACAUCUUCGCCUCACUGGACCAGCGCUCCACCGUCAUCUCACUGCAGAAACUGAUCCUGAGGGAAGUGGCCAAUGAGGAGAAGGGUCUUUUCCUGAUCACAGCCGGCAUUGAGAAACCUGAGAUGGUGGAGGUGUAUGCCAGCUCUAAAGAGGAGAGAAACACAUGGAUGCAACUCAUUCAGCAGGCCAUGCAAUCAAUACUGUCGAUUUCCUUCAGGGAGAGAGACGAUGAUGAAGGUGUUCCCAGUGAAAAUGAAGAGGACAAGAGACUUCAGGAAAUCAAAGUCAAGGAGCUGAGAGAUCAGCUGCAUAAGAGAGAUGAGCAGAUCUUGGCUUUACUGGAGGAGAAGGUGAAGGUGUUCAGGGAUAUGUGCGACUGUGGCAUGUCAGACGAGACUGUCUCCAGCUUCCACAGCCGAAUGCUCUUCAGGGCCACGCCUGAUGACAUCACCAAAGGGGAACCAAUCAUGAAAGACGCGCUGAAGGAAGUUGAGAUGUUGCAGGUUCUGGUGAAUGGCAGUCUGGGAGGGGCCGUACAGGAUGGUGUGUGCGCGACCGGGCCCGUGUCUUUGCCGCGACGGGCGGAAACCUUUGGAGGCUUUGACAGUCACCAGAUGAACAUCUCAAAGAGUAAAGAUGGAGAUAGAGAGGAGACGGACGACUCAGCCGAGCUGCGGAGGACUGAGUCAGACAGCGUUUUAAAGAAGACAAGCAACACCAACCCCCUGCUCCUACUCAAGAGGAACAAUGAGCAGAUUCUUCAGAGUGUCGUUCAUCUGCAUGACCUGCUCAACACAUUACAGGCUGUCGUUGUCCAGCAAGACACCUUCAUUGAAGACCAACGCUAUGCAUUAAAUACCCAGCCUUCUUCACGCCAUCCCUCCAUCUCCUCUACCUCAUCCUGUUCCUCCUCCUCUUCGCGGCCCAGCUCACUGAUCGAGCAGGAGAAACAGCGAAGUCUGGAGAAGCAGCGGCAGGAGGUCGCCUGCCUGCAGAAGCAGCAGGCCGCCCACGCCGAGGAGAGGAAGCGCAGGGAGAAGGAGUGGGAAGCACGGGAGCUUGAGCUGGCCCAGAGGGAGGCGCAGCUGCAAACCCAAGAGGAGGACGUGCAGAGGAGACACAAGAUGCUGGAGGAGCAGAAACAAGACCUCCAGAGUCAGAAGGAAGAGUAUCAGAGGGACCUGGCACGUCUCCGAGACAGCCAGAAGAAGCUGGAGAGAGAACGGGAGCAACUGCAGAGAGAUGCCGAGCAUAUCAGACAAAUAGAGGCACAGAGGAAGAACCGGUCCCCCUCCACCACGUCCGAGGACUCAUCAAAGUUCCAGAGCUCUGGUUCAUUGGACCGUGACCCCUCAGAGGUUGAGCUCUCCUCCUCUCCAUCUGCCCGAGACUUCCUGUCCCGCAUGGACUCCAUACGCAAAGGGAAAAACCUCAACCCUUUCUCCUCUAACUCAAGCCAGAAGAGCCAGAACAGUGAGGCGCAGAGUCAGACCCACAGCCGUCUUCUGCAGCUGGCCAAACCCAAAGAGAAGAAGGACAAGAAGAAGAAGAAGAAGGGAAAAGGACAGCAGAGCCAGACUGCAGAAUCUCAGAGCACUGUGGUUCCAGAUGCUAACACAGAUGGCGAGAUCUUUUUCUGCUGAUACGGCCCUCCAUCAUCCGCUGUGCCUCUGUGCUGGGGCCACUGGUCUCUCGUUGUGGACUGUAAACUAGAGUCCAGAAGUAGUCCUGGUUACCCCCCUCCCCGGACAGGAAGUUUAAACUGAGCAUUUCCUGUGACCCAAUUUUCAUUGGUGGCCAGCACAGUGCCUUCCAUCACGAUUUCUUUUCUGAAGAAGACUGUGUGCAAUGGUUUUGGGGAACAAUAUGUGUCAAAUAUGACCACCAUUGGCACUUUUUCCACACACUGACUGACUUUGAAGAAAAAUUUCUAAUUGCAGUUGGUGUCACACUGGGAGAGAGCUGGCUUUAGAAGAGUAGAAAAGUCUCCUUUGGACACUCUUCAUUUCACCGAAGGACAUUUGACUAAUGAAGAUACUAAUAAUCAGUGAGUGAACUCGAAUAGCAGUUUGCAAUGCAGUGACUACGUUUCUACACCUUUCCAUGUUUUCCAUUUCAUACCUGUCAUGUUACUCUGUUUCCUUAAAUAGUUUUUUAUUUUCUUCUUUUUGUUCUUCUAUAAUGCGUCCUAACCAGAUGUCACAUGAUAAAGCGACAAGCAGUACAAGAUCAUUAGUCCAUGUAAUUCUGGGUUUUGUCGUAACCAGUCGUGACAAGUGAAGCGUGAUUUUUUUUUUUUUUUUUUUUUUUACGAUCACUUGAUUUCUAUUUCUGCUGAGUCACUCUGGGUAGCUCUGCCCACUGUGAACUGUCCCACUCUUUUUACUGUACAUUUAACAUCCAGUAUCUUCUGAUUGGCUGUGAUUGUGUUACGUCGCAUAGCAGUUUUGUGUACCCAAAUUGCUUGUCGCUGAAAACUUUGCAUUGCAUUUGUUUAGGACAUGUGUGAAACUAAACUUAAGGUGCUGGCUUAAGUGCAGUGCCAGGGUUGUUUUUAUUCCCUUUUGCAGUUCAUCAUAAAUGGUUGCAACAUACCUUUUAUGAAUUCAAGGGAUACAUUUGAAAGCAGUUUAAUGAGCAUGAGAUAAAUUUAAGUGCAAAAGAGUGUAUUGCAGUAAAGGGAUGUUGUUGUUUUUUUAUUUAUUUAUUUUGUUUAUCACGUUUCCAUCCCUAAGUGACUGAAAGAAAGUAUGUUUUGUGUAAUUGAAAAGAUAACAAAGAGAAUGAUUUGUUUCUUCUAAACCCCACACUUUCUUUUUUCUUGUAAGCCGCAAUGCAAUUUUAAUCCAUAGCACUUUAAAAGCACAUUGUCAAGUGGAAAAAAAAUGGCUAGCUUUAAGACUAGACAAUCGAUCAGCUCCACUUAACUGGUAAACAGCCUCCUCUGUAUGCGGAGGAAAACAAGAGGUUUUAUUUGACAAUCUCUUACUGUACCAUAUGAAUGUUAUUGUAAAUUUGUUCAACCAAACAUAAAGCUAGCUUUCACGUAAGCUACCAAAUGAGUGGAUGUUUUAACGGCAGUAUUUUGUUUUCCUUUUUUUUUUUUAUAGAAUCUGAAAAGUCGAAUUGAACAAGAUGAGGGAAUCAGCUUUAUUAGUUUAAGGAUUUACAAUCAUUUGUGUUAGCCGUUAGGUAUCGCAAAAUGCAGUUACCACCCAGAAACACUCGAAUUUCCACUGCAGACAUAUUUGUUUUGCUUGACAGGCCAAUGUGCUAAAGUUAUGAGUAUACAUUGAGUAUGUGUAUUAAAAUUGGAUUGUACCCUCUAACUAGAUCUUGGCCAUUAAAAAAGCCCUCGCCUGCUGGCCAGGCUCACAGUUCUGUUGAACAUAAGGAAAUAUUUUAAGAAUCCAGAUAAAAGUGUUAAUUUAAGCUUUAUGCUAUGUUUUUGAACUUCUACCUAACAUGCCUCUCAAAUUUGUUAGAGUGAUGAAUCAUUUAUUAAAAAAUACCCAUUGACUCCUCUUUGGAUUUAAUUCAUUUAUUUGAGAAAAUUGUAAGACUAUUGUUCAGCAUAUUCCACAGAGGAAAUAUAGCUGCUGAUGGUGAGGGAUUCUGCAUGCUGUUAUGAAUUAAACCUGGUGCUAAACUGAGUGAAAAAAUGCCUUGACCAUCAGAGGGCGCUGUGGCAAUGUUCAUUGGGGAAAAAUAUAAAACAAUCUUUUCUUCUGUCAUACCUGAAGAGUAACCACCACUCAAGCUUUUGACAUUUUUGACUCCACAUCAACACAGCAUUGUGUUUGUUGAUUAAUCAUUCCUUGUUCCGUUGUGGCAUUUGUUGUCACCCAGCAAUUGGGAGAAAUUAUAGUACUUGAGGCUGAUGCUCACAUUCUUUAACGUGCCUUAACAAAUGUUCCCCAGAUCCUACAGUGUUUGUUGGUUCCUUUUCACUGCCAAAUCAUCCUUUGGGGAACACUCAAGAUGAAUUCUUACUAGCACACGUGUAGCUUCAUGGAAGUGUUCUCUCUUUGAUUUGCCAUGAGAAAUGCAGUAGAGAAGAAUCUGAAUCGUCAACACGUAAAUACAAAUCAAACUUGGAGAUGUCUGCUUUGGAAAGUAAACAAUGGUUACGUAGAGGUGCAGUCAUUUCUUGUCAAAUUUUGUGUGAAAAGGGGCAAAAAUACCACAAAUAUUGUAAAUAUCUGUAAUGUAAAAAAAAAAAAAAAAAGUAUUAAUUAUGGAUUUUCUUUUUGUGAUUUGAUUAAAGCUUUUUAUAACUAGCUUUAUUUAUCAGCAUUCUCUGUUUGGAGAUAUGACAAAUGUAAAUUAAAAAUUACCUUAAUAAAUAAUUGUUGUAUGUCAA